AGAAUAUGAAUACGGUAGUUGUCUCAUCAGGUGGAUUUUCACCUGGAGGGACAUCCAUCUUGUUCCAAAUCCAUAUUGAGGGAGGUGGUGAAUACCCCCCCACGGUGGACGUUGUGCUAGGGUAAACUUGAUAGAAAUAGCCAACAAUUAAAAAAAGUCCAGGAUUCUCGCUGAAUAUUUUCGUCGAACUGCAGCGAUGACAAGUGGAAAGAUUUUCGUGGGCUACUACGGAAGCUGGGCGGUGUACCGGCCAGGAGAUGGAAAGUUCGACGUGGAGCAGAUCGACCCAACCCUCUGCACCCACCUAGUCUAUGCAUUUGCCGGAGCCGGUCAAGAUAACAAAAUCAAGGUUCUCGAUCCAUGGAAUGAUAUCGUCGACGCAUCGGGCUCCGGGAAAGAUGCAUACCGACGAUUCAACGCUCUGAAGAAGAGGAGCCCUGGACUCAAGACUCUCUUGGCCGUCGGAGGAUGGAAUGAGGGAUCCACCACUUUCUCCCAGAUGGCAGCAGAUCCGACGAAGAGGGCAACAUUCGUGAGAAGCUGCGUGGAUCUCCUCAGGAUAUAUGGAUUCGACGGACUGGAUAUGGACUGGGAAUAUCCGGCUAACAGAGGAGGCAACAGCGCUGACAAGGUAUGCUUUCAGGACGUUCAGGCGAAUUUUGUGCAGCUGCUAAGAGACCUGAAGGCAGCUUUCAUGCCAUACGGGUGGCUGUUGACUGCUGCUGUUUCGGCUGGUAAGGGUACCAUCGACACCGCCUAUGACGUCCCUGCCAUGUCACAGACACUGGACUACAUUAAUGUGAUGGUAUAUGACAUGCAUGGAGCCUGGGAAUCCUAUACUCACCACAAUGCUCCCCUCUUCGCCCAUCCACUUGAUCAAUCCCGAGGCAACACAUACUUCAAUGCUAACUGCAGCAUGCGCUACUGGUUGAGCUUGGGAGCCCCAAAAGAGAAAUUGGUGAUGGGAAUGCCUAUCUACGGACGAGGUUUCACUUUGGCUAACCCAAGCAAUAAUGGCUUCUAUGCUCCAACUUCUGGGCCUGGCACGGCGGGUCCUUACACAAGAGAAGCAGGAAUCCUCGGCUUCAACGAGAUGUGCGAAGUUCAGAAACGGUAUGGAGACUUCCAGAGGAUCUGGAACCAUGACAUCAAAGCUCCUUAUUGCACCUUCAACUCGAACCAGUGGUUUGGAUAUGACGACAACGAAAGCAUCGCCCUCAAGGCACAGUUGAUCUUGGACUUGGGUCUGGCCGGGGGGAUGGUCUGGUCUGUUGAGACGGACGACUUCCGAGGGAAUUCCGCAUCGGAAAAAAAUCCCAUUCAGAACACCAUCAAGAGAGUCUUGAAUGGGUAAUCUUCACUGAAUCCGACCUCCACCAAGACUCCUUGUCCCGCUACUUCCACGAUCGCCAUUCGCUUCUAUUGAGGGCGUAUAACAGAUUUUUUAAAUUUUGUUUGCCGCAGUUGUCAUCGGCAUACUAAAGAGGGAGAAUGGGAUGAUCAGCUCUUCUGGAUUGUUUGAUUUACUUUUGUAUACAUUUUGUUUUACAAUAGUCCCGCAGGAAAUAAUCGGAUGUAGUCAAAUCAUGUGAUCUGGCAGGAAAGUGAAUUGGACCAUUCCUUGUAAUAAGUCUUUCACCAAACUUAUGGCGAAAUAAAUCCAUUAUAUUUCUUGUCA